AUGGCACCUUCUGCUCUUGUUGCGCCGGCCGCGCCGGCCCUGUCCUCCUUCAUGUCCUCUGAGCGGCGGGCAUAUCUCAGACAGCACUCUGGACUGCAGGACAGUCAGAAGUUCUCGGGCAAGGCCGCAACUGGCACCACAGACACAUCUGCUAUAAUGAAUAUGGUCUCAUCCCUGCAGAGACGCAGUGGAGAUGAAUUGGGCUCACGAACAUCAGCCAGGCUUCAGGACCACACCUACGACUCUAUCCGCGAAUGGAUCGGUGCCCAGCGCAUGAGCCAGCUUCCGCCCGAGGGCAGCAGUUAUGACAAAGUCCUUACCUGGACCCAGCUCUUUGUGGAGAGGUUGAAUUCCUUUGACCAAGCCAUUCAAGGCUUCGCAAAGGACAGUCAACUGGCUUCCCAACUUGCCUACGGCUACUGUUCCAUUCUACUAGAUUUGGGUCAAGAGAAUGCUCCAGCAUUGAUGAUCUCCUUUGGCUUCUUUUACAGCAUCUCCAUGUCCUUGGUGAACCUUCUAGAGCGCACCGAGCUCUUUAGUGUCUCACAAGACAUUAGGGAACAGCUGGUACUUGCCAUGUCAGAUCUUGUGAAUCUAGUUGCCAGUGUCGCCACACAUUUCCAUAAGGCUAUCCACAGUGCCUCGAGCACUGCGACCACCUCUGUAUCGGUCAACAUGUACAGCUCUUUCUCAGGUCAGAUCAAGGCUUUCCGCGACAGGUGUGAGAAGAUUGGUCAGUCAAUGUGGCGUCACCAACUGAUUGUCAAUAACAUGGACGCUGAAGGAAUCUCCGAUGUACAGAUGGUCAAGUCCUGGGCAACACCGGAGGAUCGCAUUCUCAACAAUGUCGCUCUGAGUCUAUCUCUGCUAGCCCAUGACCGCGAGGAACUCACAUGUCUGUGGGUCGGUCCUUACUUGACACGCUUCCUCAAAAGCCAUGAUACAGUCUUUUCAAUCAGCGGAAAGCCGGGUUCCGGCAAGAGUAUCGUCGCCUCCGUCAUUGUUGACUAUCUACAACGGCCAGUCUCAGGUGUACACUAUAACACGCUCUUUGUCCCCAUUAGCAGCAGGAUACCCGCCGAAACGACAGAGCGCGCCAUUGCCAAGGCUUUACUAUGCCAGCUGUUCGAGAAAAGAAUUGGCAACAUUGAGUUGCUUCAGAUCAUGAUCCAAGCCUGCAAACGUUGUGACCAAGCCAACACCAACGAGGAGUAUGACAAUAUCGUCUGGAACGCUCUGGAACAGGCACUUGGCGCGGUGCUUCCCGGUGCAAGAGAGCUAAUAAUUGUCGUGGAUGGCAUUGACGAGUCCUCCUGUGGCGAACAAGCAUUGUUCAAACGAUUGAUGGACGCCACAGCCAAUGGUACAAAUGUAAAACUUAUCAUGCUCGGUACGGAGAAGCACCCGCGAGUCGCGGGACGCUCGAGCUUUGCCAUCAAUGAUGACCUCAUCUUGGAUGACAUCAUGGCCGUCGUUCGCAGUCAAUUUGAAUCAGACAACGAAUUCACAACCAUGUCGGAUAUCGAGCAGGAGUCUAUCAUCACCCGUCUCAGCGAGGCUGCCAAUGGCUCGUUCCUAUGGGCCAAGCUUGCAACCAAGCGCCUGCGUCGAGAGAUUGGCCUGGACAAGUUCCGCAGUGCCAUUGACAGCGUCAUCAAGGCGAAGCCGUCCGUUGCGGAUUUCGUUGCUCGAAGUUUGCAAUCCACCAGCAUCACUGAUGAGACCAGACUCAUGCUCAUGUGGCUCACCAACGCGGAGAGGCCUCUGUCGCUCCGGGAGCUAGCCGCACUAUCAUCCGUCAGAGUUGACAAAAAUACCGUCUCAGAGCCCAGCACAGAUGUGUUGAAGAUUUUGAGACCGGUGCAGAAUAUUGUGUUUCUCCAAGACAGUCUCGUAUGCAUCCGACAUGGGGUGAUCCGAUGUGCUCUACGCGAUCUCCUAGUCAAGGGUCAGCUCAUCACCACGGUCAAUGACCCCCACGCGGAUCUCACCAGUCGCCUGCUUUUUUACAUCAAGAGCACCGUGACUGAGCAGCGAGAGCCAUCGAUGAAUGUCCUUGGCGCUCAUGACGCCAGUCAGUACCUCAACAAGUAUCCGUUGCUCGACUUUGCCGUCCGUCACUGGCCCUACCACUUCACCAAGACUGCUGUUUUCGUGAAAGAAGGCGAACACAAUGCUUCCAAGACUUUUGCCAAGGUCAUUCCCUCGUCAGUGACAGCGUUACUCCUCCAGGGCACUCUCUGGGCCCACCGCCCCAAGCCGGCUCUGUUGGCAUAUCAAACCAUCAUCACAAACAUGUACAAGCAGCUCUUUACGGACAAGAGCCCCAUGACUUUGCAAUCAGUCAUUUUCCUGGCGAUUCUGUACGAACAUGUCAAUCGUCACGAUGAUGCGGCCUCACUCUUUUGGGAAGCAACCAUCAUGAGUCAUAAGAUUUUGGGCUCAAGUCACACUAUCACAACACACAUGGCCAACCGGUACAUUGAAAUGACUGAGUCCAAGCGCACCACCAAGAAGACAGACAUUAUGAGCAAGCGAGAGGAAGUUCUGCAAAUCUUGGUUGAAUGCUACAAAGCCGAAUUUGGUCAGAGGUCAGCCAAGGCCGCGUCGGCACUUCGCAUGCUCCACCAACACUACGAGAUGACCCAGGAGGAGCAAAAGGCCAAGAAAAUCACAGAAUCUAUUCAGACCAUUACCAGGACCUCUGUGGAUGACGAGCCGAAUGACGAAGACGGACCACAAGUAGAGCUGAAAGAGCCGAAACAUAUCCGUGGUGAAAAAGUCAAUACUUGGGAUCUCGCCAUCAAGGAGCAAGACAAACUACUCGAGUCUUCUGGAAGUUGGGACUUUACAUAUGCUCUCAAGGAGGCUGAGAUGGCUGCUUCAAAAGGCCAGAUCGAGGCCGCUGAUCACGUCUACGCCGAGAUAUGGCAACGCGUCAGUCAAGAAUACCGUGAUCACCACACUGAUCUGUGGGCGGAGAGAAACUUGAGGGCGGUUCUUGGCUACGCGAGGUUUCUGCAGGCCAACAAGAGAAGCAACGAGUCUGCUGCCAUACUCGCCAGUGUCUGGAAAGAGUAUAGUCACUCGACCGUGGCGCUUACUGAAACCACGGCCUCGCUCCUCGCUCAAGUUGGUUGGACCAUGAAGUCUGUUGGCAUCGCUACAAUGGCAUUGAGCGUUUUCAAGCAUUGCUCGGAAUACUAUAGUGCUACCAAUCGAACUCAGUCGUCAACGUUCAGAGAGAUUCAGCAAAGCAUCCAGGAGACGUCACAAGAAGUACUAAAGAUGGCAAACUCAAAGGACAUGGUCAUCUCUGAGGCCUCAUUGGAAGAAACUGUAGUGCAGCUGUCCAAUUCCUUUACAACCAUGAAUCAUAUGACGUUUGAGGUGACCCUCAGAUUGACAAACCUGUACAUCUCACAGCGCCGUUGGGAGGACGCAGCCCAGUUUAUCAAGAAGGUCUUCCGCGUGGCAUGGCCAUCCCUGUUCAGUGGAAGCGCACAAGACGUUCUUCUCCCUACGGAACAUACAGAGGGUUGCGUCGAGCUAGCUGAACGCUUGGCUGAUUGUUACCGGUCGCCUCGACGUCGUGCCAAGGAGGAAGAUAUCCGUCUUCGCCUCUACCACUCACUGCGAGCCGGUCGCAAGAUUGAUGACAAGACCCGCGAACGUGCAACGAAUGAGUUGCUUUCGUUGUACCUACGAACAUCGCAGACAGAGUCCUUGAUCUCCAUCAAACAAGAAAUGCUCGACGACCUCACCGCCCACUACCGCCCUGAUCACCCCACGGUGGUGAAGUUGUUGUGGGAGCUGGCUGAAUUAACGCACCCACAGCCCAUUUACGUUGAGUACUAUCAAAAGAUCAUCCAUGCGCUCAACAAGGACGCCGAGGUUUGCACACCGGACGCUCUUCAGCCUGUAGUCAUCGUGGCCCAGGAGCUCUGGCGCAGAGGCCGCCUAUCGGACGCCUUGCCAUACUACCGGACCCUCUUCCAUACCUUCCUGAAGUCCUCCAAGACAAACUCGACAUUCCAGAACCACAGCUUCGUCCGCGAAUUCUUUGAGCAGUACAUUAGCUGUCUACGCAACGUUCGAACGACAUUCGCUGUGCUCAACAAGACUGCAACCGAGUAUCAAUCACGAUGCAAGACGCUAUAUGGAGCCAGUACCGAUGUUACUGUCUAUGCAACCAUGUUCCUGGCAAGACUUUGUCAAGAGUCAGAGGCAAACGAGAAGCGCGCCAUCGAAUUGUACGAAGAGCUCUUGGAGAUGAAAUCGUCCGAGAUUGACAAGGAGGAAAUCAAGGCUACACUGGAAAGAAUCACCGAGGACCAGGUCAAUACAAUGACGACAUCAGCUUCGACAUCAAUGACUGCCACACAAAUGAGCCAAACGCAGAUGGUACUUCGAAACCGCGCCACCAAGAUACGCGAGACACACGGCUGGGCACAUGAGGAGUCACUCUCUACCAUGAACGAGCUGGUCAAGCUGUACACCAAGCAGCACGAAACCGAGACGAUGCUCAAUGAGCUCAAGAAUACAUCGGUCAAUGUUCUCAAGCAGGAAACCUCGUCAGUACGGUUGAUGGCCGCGGCCUCAGCCAUUGCCAAUAACUAUGUCUCGACAAACCAGACCCAAAAGGCCCAGGAGCUGUUGGAAGAGAUGCACCGCCAGAUUGUGGUCAAGGACACAUCAAACGCGAGGCAGUUUGGCUUUGACCUCUCCUCCAAAGGCCGUGAGAGCCUCGUAUUCUUGGCCCAGAUGGAGCACAGUCUGCGCCGCAAUUCCAAGACACUUGCCGAGACACUGGCUACUUUGACGACUCAGUAUUUCUACUUCCGGGAGUUCCGCAAUGCCAUUGAAGCCAAGUCGAGCAAUUUCCUUCAGCUUUCGCUGGCAACAGCCCGUCUUCACCGCUAUCUCACAUCAUGCAACCAGAUAAUGGCAGACCGAUCAAUCUUGGACCAGUUCUCCAAGUGGUUCAUGAAUACAGAGUCCAAGCGCCUCAAUCUGAACAUGGCUCCGCAGCAGACAAAGCUGCUCCUCGAGAAUAUCAUGAUGCACUUUGGAAGGUACACCUCUGACGACAUGGUCCGAUCCACCGCCAUCAUUGGUAAUGAACAGGUUCCUCAGCUCAUCGAGGCGGGGCAGUACAAUGAUGCUUGCGACCUGGCUACUGCCUGCUUCAAGUAUGUCUCGGCCCAUGAAUCGUACCGUACUGUCAACAUGGCCAAGAUGAUGUUGACAAUGGGUAUGGCCCUGGACGGACGAGAUUCUAGCAUGAAGCCCGACCAGAUGGCGCGCAAGAGACUGGUCGAGACGUCAAAGAUGAUCAUGCACGAGGUCCUCGGAACCAUGAGCAAGCUGAACAUUAACCUCGCCCUUAUGGAUUUGAAGCCUCUCAAUCGACUCAUCCGACUGCUGGGUGAGCAGGAGGACUACAAGACUUUGGCACUGCUCUUGACGACUCUAUGGAAGAACCGUGAGGCCCAAGGCAACUGGCCACCGUCGGCAACGUUCAACCUGGCUCGCCGCACCAUCUUGGCGCGCUACCUCGUCGGCGAGACCAUGGCCGCCACGCGCAUGGCCGAGCACAUUGUCUACAACUGCCGCCGCGUCCACAGCGUGCACCAUCCCGCCACGCUCGAAAUGUCCAUCCUACUGGCGCAGCUGUACUCGGGCAUCGCACAGCGCUACCAGUCUGGCACCGUCGCCGGACACGGCGCGUCAUCCACGGAGGCCAAGGACAUGGCCAACCGGUACUACAAGAAGAGCGCGGCCAUCCACGAGAACAUUCUGCGCAUCUUUAGCGACCCGGCGUACGCCAGCGUCGAGAGCAGCGCGCUCAUGGAGGGCGGGAUCCGACCGCGUUCCGGAAGCGUGAGCUCCGCGGCCGACGGCGUCGACUCGCCCGUCAUGGCCGCGUUUGGCGAGUUCGCCGAGGACGCGCAGCAGGAUCAGCUGUCGGACGGGGAGCACGUGCGCCAGCACCUGCGGCUGCUCAAGCUCUCGCUGGAGCGUCUCGGCGACUGGCCCAAGGAUUACGCCGAGUACGAACACCUCAACUCGGAGGUCUUUCGCGAGUUUGGGUCCGACCUGGACGGCGUGCAGGGCGUUGAUAAGUGGAAUCUCAAGAGUUUUGGCAAUGGCAAGGCCGAGUCCAAUGAUGAUCUGAUUAAUGCUAGUCAAUUGAAAACUUGGGAGCUGGUUGAGACGGCAUGA